AUGAAACUCAUCUUUUUAUUUCUAACGUGUCUAUCUCCGUUAUUGAUGAUCAAUAGUGAACCCGUGUUAUCCUAUACAGAUAUCAUUCGAAUACAUUGUGCACCACCAUUUCACUAUUAUAAAUCUUGGUGUUAUUACAUCUUUCCUAAUGUUACAUUGGAUUGGUUAUCAGCAUCUCGUCUAUGCCAUUCAAUUGAUAAAUCGACGCAUCUUGUUUACAUAUCAGGUGAUGAUGAAAUGCUUGAUCCGCUUCAUGAUAUUUUAAGUAAUCGAGAAAAAUCAAAAGAUAUCAAAUCAUUAUGGACAAAUACAACAUGGGGUCAACACAAGAAGACAAUAUUGAGCCGAAACUCGAAACGUUUAUGUCGUAAAAUUGAAUUGAAAUCGAAUUUAAAGUCAGGUCUAAUCGAUACGCUUCGAAUGCCGUUUAGCAACUGUCGCGAGAAACAUUCAGUGAUGUGUCGAAAAGAAUUACCGUUGAAUGUUAUUUGUCGUCGACCGUGGGCAUUGAUCUAUGGGGUAUGUUAUUAUCUUGAUGAGCAAGCUCGUAUUACUAAAACUGAAGAAGAAGAACGCAAUAUUCUUCAAUGUGAAGCAUGGGACGGUGAAUUAUUUUACAGUUCAAAGCAAGAGAAAACCAUUCUCAAACCAUUUUUAACUUACUCUCUACAAAGUCUUCGAUCAAGCACCGUUUUAACGGAAAACUUCGGUGGAGUAUCGUACUCAUUUCAGAAUAUACUCAAAGAUAAUUGUUCACUAGUAUCUGGUGAUGUUUAUCUGAGUACCGCUCUUUCCCAACUACAAUCUUUUAAUACAACAAAACCGUGCCCGUCAUACAAUUCUUACACAUUAUGUCGACAAAGUCAAAAUACAACUUGUGAACCGCCUUGGUUCUACGAUGACGGCUUCUGUCUGUAUUUUUCUCCUCAAUUAUUGGGUGAUAUGGGUACAGCAUCGAUUGAGUGUUCUCAAAAUGGUGGUCAUCUCUUAUAUAUCAGCAACGAAGAAGAACUCUUCCGUUUAACACACAAUCUCGUGUCAUUAGCACCCUUUUUUAAACAUCGAUCAUUAUCCGGUGUUUGGCUGUCCGUAUCUUACAAAGCUUUAAGUUCGGCAGAUAAUGAUACAGAAGAUAACUUUGAUUGGCAAUGGGAUUUAUCUAUUGAACCGUAUUUAGACGAUGAUUGGAAAGGAUACGAGUGGCGAAGGUUUUUCCAACAUCGUCUCUCUCCGUAUAUCGUGAGUGCGGGUGAUUGCGCUGCAUUGAUUGUUGAUACGAAGAUACGCGAGCCGAUUGAACGUACGACAUGUCAUAAUCGACGAACAAUUGUCUGUCGGAAACCAUUGGAUAAUGAGAUCAAAUCAUUUCAUAAAAAAGUCAAUUAUCAAAGGUUUUUAGGUCUGCAAAAUUCUACUGAACUUCUUGAAAUUCCUCGUAAAAUAAACAACAUCACGUCGAAAUCAUCGUUCGUAAUAACGCGUCACAUAUUUGAGUUAUUGAAUACCACAACAUACCGGCUUAUUCUUUAUCUAAAUGGUUCAUCAACAAAAACAACAAAUUUGAUAUUCACUUGCAAAUCCAAGGGAAUUCUAUUUGAAAAACUCAUUCCAAGUAAUGAUUUAUCCUCAUUAAUGAUAUUUGAUAUAUCGAAAAAUUCACCUGAAAGCGAAUAUGAUAUUUUAUUUCGUCAUCUUCGUUCGUCGAAAUGUGUCAAUACAAGCACCAGUCAAUGCAUAUAUUUGUCAUGUAUUGAAAACGAUCCCUGGCAUUAUUUACUACCAGAAAUGCAUGCACGUCUUGAUCCAAUUCGUAAUCAUUCGUCGACAAAUCAUCGUUGUUUGAUCAAGUAUAAUUAUGCAAAUUUAAAUGCACAGAUAUGCUCCGUAUUAACCGAACAAUUUCGUGUUUCCGAAGAUACAUCUUACGCGCCUUCAUCGUCUUCGGGUAGAACUGAUCAAUGUACUGAUUUCGGUGGACAAUGUAUUACAGAUACGUUAAUAAAUUCUCUAUCAAUGCCGUUUGCCGAUGCAAGUCUCCAGUGUCCAACAGGACUGAUUUGUUGGCUACAAGGUGAACGUUGUGGUAUCGAUUCUUAUUGUAUUAAUCGCAUACGAUUUCCCUGUCCGACAUCAUCCCGAGUAUCAAAUGUGACUUGUUCAAAUACCCAUCAUGAUUGUUGUACAUCGUUACCAUCACCAGUCGAUUCGCAAGUGAUUCUUUCUUCAACAUCAAUUCAGUCAACAUGGAAUAUUCUGUUACCAAUCUAUUACUUUUCUUUUCAUGGCACAUCCAAAUGGGAUAAGUUCUUUUUCAAUACAUGGCUGAACACCGGCAGUGAUCUAUCACACGAUUUUAUCAACGAUGAAUUCUUAUUUUCAUGCACGGCAGUUUUCAUUGAACCGACAUUAAUGUUAACCCACGACUCGUGUUUACCCACACGUUUGACAAGCAGUGACAAGCGUUCAAUAUUAUUCUCCAUGUUGAAAAAAGACGAUAGUGAUGAAUAUGAUAAAAUUGCAUUACAUAUUGAUACUUAUCAAAUCUAUUCGCCAUUUCAAUUAGUACGUCUUGCAUUUCAGCAUGAUUUUCUCGUUAAUAAAACGUGGAAAAGAUUGAAUGACAAGAAAUUAUUGAAAGAGAAUAUCGAUGAACUGUAUUGCGUAAUUGUUUUCAACGAAAAUAAUGUACGACGUAUUCGUUUGACCAAUAACUUCGAACGACAUCUCGUUUUCGAUGAAAAUACUUCAUUAUUUGCAUUCAUUAACUCAAGAAACGACGAUGAUCAGAGCGAAGAUGAAUGGUCGUUCUCGCCGAUUGCUUGCGUACUCAAUGGCGACAUGAACGAUUGGACAAUUGUUGGUAUUAGUGGAAAUCAGCUGAAACACAAAUGUAGAGUAUAUAAUCAAAUCAAAUAUUGUCAAAUGACAUUCGUCUAUUCAUCGACAUGGUUCGACUGA